UCCUAAUAUUAAAAUCUACCAUCCCCUUCCCGCUAUCCUGCCCGAAACCCUCGCCUACGUUCUCCUUGGCCAACCUCCCUUUCCCCCUCCCUUGCGGAAACCCUCGCGAUACAGUGGCGAAUGGAGCUAGUUAUAAACGAAACGACGGGACCACGCUGUACGAAGACCUCCGAAACUCCCUUCUUAUUACCCCUUCCUCUCCGCUGCUACCCGAAACCAUGAGAAAAAGGCAUGCACCGAGAUUUCCACCUAAGAACAACAUCGGCGCGUGUAUUGUUUGCUUUUCCUGGUGACUCUCAGCCGCGUCUGGAUGGUGUUUUCGCCGUCAUAUAAGGAUAGCAAACCCGUGACGAUGCCACUUAACUCAAGUGCGCAUCCUCCUCUUCCACCUAGACUCCUGCUCAUCAACAAGUUUGCCGAAUCCCGAGCACCAGAGCUUGAAUCCCUGCACUCCAUUGUCUCCAAGCGUCUUAAUCAUGAUUUCCGCAUGCGGCGUGACAAGCGGCGACGAACCACCAGCUUCCAUAGCGGGAAGAAUCGUCGGCAGAAGAGACCACGCUUGAUAGAUAUUGCUGUCAACGGAACUGAGGCUGGGGAUUUGGAUAAAAAAGAAGCGGAUCGGCCCCCGCGAUGGGUAAGAAGACGGAUAGAAUUGCGGAGGAAUCCGACAUUUGGGUUUUGUUUGUCCGGGGAUGGGACGAAGAGGCUUCGAACUCAUCUCUGGCAUGCCAAACGGUUCUCGAUGGUGAAGCGUUGGGGAUUCUAUUUGCCUCUUGGGCUGCAAGGCAGGGGAAGAGGUUCGAAAGCUGUCUUGAAGUGGUUAAAAUCUGGAGCACUUAUACAUGAUGCUAGUUAUACUCUUCCUGUUCAAUUGGAGGGUCCACAGGAAUCUAUCUUGGAUGUUAUGAGGAUGGUGUUGCGACCAUUUCCUUCAGGUUCUUCAGAACAAAUGUCUAAGCCAGUAAUUUAUGGAGCUUGCUAUGCUAACUCAAUGCUUUACGAUGUGAGAUCCCUGCUUCUGAAGUUCAUUGCUCCAGUCACUUACAUGUGGCUGCCACUGAAAAGAGGAGAGAUUUACUUUGAUUCUGGACAAAUAGAUGCUCAUAGUAGCUUCAGUAGAUCUGAAGGUAGCGCUUGUUCACGGCAGUUGUGGAUAUGGUUACAUCCUGCUUCUUACAGAGAAGGAUUCAAUGCACUGAGUUAUGCUUGUCAGAAAGAGAUGAAUGAGACAGGUACCUCUGUACAUUGCCUUUCUAUGGAGGGACAUAUUGCAAGGUUAGAAGUCAUCGGAGCCAAUUCACUGAAGAUUCUCCAGAACAUACUAAUUCCUGUUACAGAGUGUCCAUCAAUUGGUAGCCAAGCUCUAUUGCCUUGCUCUUCAUUGAGAGUGUGUUCAAAUUCCCAGUUAAAUCGUAGUUUUGUUCUUGAACAUGCUGAUCACCUUCCAUCUCAUGCCAUUUUUCCAUUAGAAGUUCAGGAUCCCCGAAAUUUACCUGUGAAUGAAACCAAUAUUUUUCCUAAGACGGCCAGUUUUGCUGGCUGCCCACAGCAUCAGGGUCCUGUUCAUGAUUCCAGUGUCAGUUGCUCUGAAGAAUCAAGUGGGAAUAAAGACUUGUUGCUUUCGUUCUGGUCAAAACCUGAAACCAAUGGAGUUUUUCUUUCUGAUUGUAGACAAUUAUGGGAUUCUUAUAUAAAUUUGAAACCUCCGUUGCCAGAAAAUAUUGUCUGCAAGGAUAGGCAUUGCAAGCGCUUAAAACAAUUCUAUCUGGAUCCUUCCCAUUCUGAAGAGUCAGGUGGUGAAGCAAGAGUUGGUUAUGAUCAGACUGUCCCCAUUGUACUCUUAAGGCAUCCAGAACAUGGAACGUUUACUUCUGGUUGGUCCGUAAUUCUUCCUUUAAGUUGGGUAAAAACUUUUUGGAUUUCUCUUGUCUUAAAUAAUGCUCAUGCAAUUGGAUUAAGAGAAAAGCGGUGGAUAGCUUGCAAUGGUGGAUUACCUUCAUUCCCAUAUGAUUUCCCUGAUUCCAGUGCAUACACAUCACUUGUGGCUGCUGAAGCUGCAGAAGCUGAUGAAGCUGCUAAGCUCCGACCUCCUGCUGUAAGACCAAUUAGUUUUCCCUUAGCUUCGCCGUGGCAUUGUGUAGCUCAUACUCUUCAUAGAGGUUUUAACACUUGUGAGUCAUGCUAUACUGCUAGACGAAAAGCUCAUGGCAUGUCAUUUAGCGUAGAGUGUCGAGAUAGCAAACAAUCCUCGGAUGAGCAUGCCAGUGACCCUUUUAUUGUUUCAAUUUUAAGAACAACAAAUAAUUUAAAUCAUAUUUUCGAAAAAGCCAGUGGUGAAGGAUACCUAGACCAAGUUGGAGGACCUUUAUUUGUGAGAGUUCUGAUUCAUGCAUUCAAGGAAGGUUCUUUUGAAGCAGGAGCUGUUGUCUGUGCCCCUGCGCUUGCAGAUCUCCCGACAUGGAUGUCUAGGUCAUGAACAUAUCUUAUCUUUUCUGUUAGCAAAAUGGCUUGUUUUUUUUUCACAUUUUUGGUGCAGUUCAAUCAUGCGUUACCAGUGUCAGGGAACAAUUUAGAUUAGCCUUUUCUAUUUUUAUGUUUCACCUGGCAAAAUAUCUGGCUUUUCACUUCGAGGCUUAUGAUAAUUUCUUUUAAAACCACA